AUGUCCCGCACCAAGGUUCCCCCCAACGGUAUCUGGGCCCCCGCCGUGACGCUCUUCAACCCCGACACGGACGAGCUCGACCUCGAGGCGCAAGCAAAGUACUACUCGUACCUCUCCAAGACGGGCCUCGCCGGCCUCGUCGUCCUCGGCACCAAUGCGGAGCAGUUCCUCCUGACGCGCGAGGAGCGCAAGGCCCUCAUCGCCACCGCCCGCAAGGCGACGGGCCCCGACUACCCCAUCAUGGCCGGCUGCGGCAUGCACUCGGUCAAGCAGGUCCUCGAGCUCCUCAACGACGCCAAGGACGCCGGCGCCGACUCGGCCCUCGUCCUCCCGCCCGCCUACUUUGGCAAGCAGACCACGCCCGCCGUCAUCGACCGCUUCUUCAACGAGGUCGCCGAGAAGACGCCCCUGCCCAUCGUCAUCUACAACUUCCCCAUCGUCUGCAACGGCAUCGACCUCGACAGCGGCACCAUCGCGAAGCUGGCCAAGAAGCACGACACCAUCGUCGGCGUGAAGCUCACCUGCGGCGCCGUCGCCAAGAUUGUCCGCCUGUCCGCCGAGCUGUCGCCCGAGAGGUUCGCCACGUACGGCGGCCAGUCCGACUUCCUCCUCGGCGGCCUGACCUCGGGCAGCGCGGGCUGCAUCGCCGCCUUCGCCAACGUCUUCCCCCGCGUGACGGUGCAGAUCUACAAGCUGCACGCCGAGGGCAAGGUCCAGGAGGCCUGGGAGCUGCACAAGAAGGCCGCCAUCGCGGAGCAGGCCACCAAGGCGGGCAUCGCCACCAUCAAGUACGCCGCGUCCGUCUUCACGGCGCCCCGCGCCGGGCUCGGCGGCCAGGAGAAGCUGUUCCAGCCGCGCAGCCCGUACCUGCCGGCGAGCGAGGAUCAGAAGAAGACGGUACACGACUUGAUGGAGGAGCUCAACAAGGUCGAGGAGGAGCUUGCGGCUUCCAGCUGA